AUGGAUCAUAACAAUUUCGGCGCUUUCGGUACUGGCGAUUGGUCUAGCUUUGGAGGCGACUCCUCCAAAUCCGUACGUUAACUUCAAACUUUUAAGGGGUCGAAAGUUUUAUUUUUCAAAAACCCAAAGUUUGGCGUUGUCGUACGGUAUGAGCUUUAAUCGCAAAUAAUCUAAUUUGCUUUUCAUUCUAACGAAUGUUGCUCAUGUACGCGCACGUCCAAAAAAAAGAACAAAACACAGGCAGAUGCAGAACGGCCGGAUACUUGCCAAAAAUUGAAAACCGGUCCGAAACUUGUACGUUUCCGACCAGUGUUGAAAACGGCCAAAAACCACUCGAAAAUCGGCCGGUUUCUGCUCAAAUUCAACAAAAACGGCCGAAAACCAGUGAAAAAACACGGCCGGUUACUGGUCAAUUUUGAUAAACCGGUCAGAAACUGGUCGGUUUUUGAGUUGUUACUGGCCGUUUUUCAACACUGGUCGGAAACGUACAAGUUUCGGACCGGUUUUCAAUUUUUGACAAGUAUCCGGCCGUUCUGCAUCUGCCUGUGAAACAUUUUGGCCGUAUUCGUACAGGGUGAAAUGUUUCCCAUUCCAAUUUUUCCCUAUGUUCUUUUUCAUGAAAAAAUGUUCAUUUUUAGGGUUAUCAAAAUACAUGGUCCAAUUGGGGACAACCUCCAUCGCAACAACCAAAAUACGAAAAUCCUUAUGAAAACUAUGGAUAUGCAGAUAACAGAGGAUAUACCGCCUUUUCUGGAAAUGACUUUGGAAAUUUUGGAACAUUUCCACAAAAAGCAGGUACUCGUACUGGAUUCGGUUUCAAUUCUGCAUUAGGACCAGAAUGGAGUCAAAAACAUUUUGGUACAAAAGGAAAGAAGAAUGCGAACAGAGGGCAACCACAACAACAGAUUCCAAAAGGUCCAAAACCUGUUGUAACUACGGGCAAAACUCCGACAAGUGUUCUUCAUGAACUUUUCAAAAACAUAAACGAAGAGUUAGUUGAAUUUGAUUACAUUUGAAGAGAUUUAUAUUUUAUGUAUUUUGCAGAUUUACCGAUUCAGGAACUACACCCAAAAGAUACAUUUGCAAAUUGAAUGUUGAUGGACAUAUUUUCGAAGCUGAUGCAUUGAACAAAAAGAGCGCCAAACAUAAAUGUUCAGAAGUUGCAAUCAAAGCAUUGAGACCAGAUGUUUAUGUCGAACCAUUUAUUGAACCAGUCAAAGCUGUAUCUACUCCUAAAAAAGAGAAACCACAAGAAGUCGAAAGUCAAUCAAAUUCAGCAGUCGAACCACAACAGAAAAAACAAAAAAGAGCCGCAGAAAGUGAUCAUCAAGAACAAACAAAGAAACAAAAACUUUCACCAGCUGAAGCCGCUGCCUCUUUAUAUGAUCUGAUGCAAAGAAUAAUUUCUGAUUCAUCUGAAAAAUAUGUUCCUGUUUUUGAAAUCACUGAAGAAUUACCACCAACUACAGAAGUGAAAAAAGAAGAACCAGUUGAAACAACAAUGGAAACAAAUGAAGAUGGAGAACAGAAAAAAGAAAAGAAAUUGCCGAAAUGGUAUAAAGAUCCUGCUACUAUUUUCACGUAAGUUUUCGAAGAAAACAUUCAAUUUUUCAAUUAUUUAAAUUUUUAGUGUUACUCUGAAGUUUGAAGAACAGGGAAAACAAUAUCAAAAAUCAGGAAAAGGUCGAGGAAUGCAACGAAAUUUAGUUGUCAGGGAAGCACUUCUUGAUUUAUUUAAAGUUUCUCAUUAUGAUAUUAAAACAGUUACUUUGAAUAGUGCAACGAAGAGAUUAAAUCAUUUCAGCAAUGUUUCAGUGAGUUUAAAAUUAGUUUUUUAUUUGAGAAAAAUCUGUUUUUUUUCUAGACACUUUAUCAAAUCGCUUCAAUUCUUAAUUGUAAUAUUACAUUCGAUAUUGAACUAUCUGAAGCUGCUCCACUUGGAGAAGGAAAACCAUUUUAUUUCGCAAAGUGCAAGGUUGAAUCAAUAGAUGAUUCUGGAAGAACAGCCGAAUUCAAAUCAUCAGAUUCGCUUUCGAAAACAAUGGCUAAAGAACAAGUUGCACUUCUUGCUCUCACUCAAUUUUUCGAAAUUGAUCUAACAAAAUGUGAAAAGAAAAAAGAAUCAGGAGAUACUCAAUCAUUGGGUCCAGCUGCUACUUUACAUACACAUUUGGCACAAACUUCGAAAAAUGGUGAACUCAAAAUCAAUUAUGAAUUCCAAGAUGUUGAACCAAAAACAACUCCACCAACAUUUAUUUGUCAUUGUUUGAUUGGAGACAAAAAGUUUACUGCAGUUGGAUCAUCGAAAAAAUUGGCAAAAAAUAAUGCAGCCGUGAUUGCUCUCAAAGAAAUAUUUGCUAUUGAUUUCAACGCACUCGAAAAUGAACCAGCAAAUGAGAAUGCAGUUGAUAGAAAUCAUAAUGUUUCUCAAUUAUGCCACGAUAUUGCCGAAUUUGCAAAACGAGAAUAUCACGGAAUGAGUAAAUAUUAUAAUGUUCGUCCAAGUAAUCAAGUUGCAUGCUUCUUUUUGGUUAAUGAAAAAGGUGAAAAACGACUUAUUGCAAGUGGUUCUUCAAUGCAAAAUAUAGUCGAUACUGGAAAAUUAAAUCAAUCUGGUGGUAAAACAUUGGUUCAUAUGGAUCCAAUUGUUUUGGCAAGACGUUCUCUACUUCGAUAUUUUAUUCAAGAAUUGGCUGUUAUGGAAAAUGAUCCAGAAAAUUCUGUUUUCAUUAUUAACAAAGGAAAAAAGGCCGAUUUGAAACCAAAUCUUCAACUUAUUCUUUAUGCCAAUUUUCCACCAGUUUGUUCAAUGUCAGUCAGAGAUGCCAAAGUCAAAAAAUUGGCAUACGUAACGUGAGUUUAAUUUUAAUUCUUUUGUUUUUAAAACCUCCGUACUACAGUAAACCCUUCAAAAAACUCACACACAUGGACAAAUUUGUGCCAUUUCUGAACUAAGAUUUUUUAUAAAAUGAAUUAACGUGAAUGCUCACGGAGUUUUUUAUUUCCGAAAUUCUUAGAACAAUUAUUUUCCAAAAUUAAAUAAAAAAUAAUUUUUCAGCCCGAUUAAUUUCACUCCAGUUCCUGAUGAUCUUAUGACAACUGCUGAAAUUCGAGAGUUAAAAGAAAUCCGUGUUCAUUGCACAGCUGAUAAGAUUUACAAAUGGAAUACUGUUGGACUUCAAGGAGCACUUUUAUCGAAUCUUUUGAAUACAAUUAAAUUGAAUUGUAUCUUUUUCGGAACUGAUGCACCUGUUCCUGAUGAAUCUUUGAAGUUUGCAUUGGCUGGAAGAUUGGGAGAAGAUACAAGUAAAUUGCAACUUGAAAGUAUUGCGGUAAGAUAAUUCUGUUAACUAUCUUUAUAACAAUUUCAAAAUAUUCGAUUUUAGGCUCAAAUGCGAGUUGUUACAAGUUAUGCACAAGGUUGGACUCGUGGAAUUGAUAGUGUCGAAAAAAUCGACCACGAAACUGGUGUUACUAUUACUGGAACUCCUUCAAAAUAUUCAAAAUUCGAAUUAUUUCAAUUAUAUUUGAAAUUGAAAAAUGCGGAUACUUCGAUUACAAAUUAUAAUGCUGCCAAACUUAAAGGGGCUGCUUAUCAAAGAUCCAAAAAAGCAUUUUAUAAUAAGGUAACUUAAACAUAAGCCUAAGUAACAGUUUUAACGAACAAUUAUAAUUUGCAGCUCGAAAAAGCUGGACUCGGAAAAUGGCAAACAAAGCCAUCCGAAUUUCUUGAUCACUUCAAUGUUACCCUUGUCAAAGCGGAAUAA